AUGGAGCCAGACGAAGUCGAGGAUAACUUGCUUCUUCAGACGGUCUUAUCGGCGGGCUCGGAGGACGAGGGCGCCUUCAGCCAUAGCAACACACCCGGCAGUCAUCGCGCGUUGUCCCCGCUGUCUGCCAGUAUAAAUACUCCUACUAAAAACUGGACGAGACCACCAUUCGAUCAGGCCUCUUCUUCAUCUUCUUCCACUUCAUCUCGUCCGCCCGCCCUCACCAUGGAAGCCGGCGCCUCGCGAAAACGCUCACGGGCAAUCUCUUCACCCACAUCCUCCUCCGCCGUCCUCCACGAUCCAAAAUCCCGUCGACAUGCCUCUCCUGUACGCGGUACUGAGCCUACCAAACAACCCGGCUCGACUACUACUGCGGAUCCUGACUUGCUUGGGUAUUUUGGGCUCGAAAAAGAUGAUGACCUUAUCGCACUUGAGGAGGAACAGCGUCAAGCCGAAGCCUGGCUUCGGGAGCGGCGAGAGCAAGAGCGCAGGGACGAAGAGUUUGCUCGUGCUCUGCAGGAGACUUGGGAUGAAACUGUACCCCUCUCAUCAAGAACUGAUGAACUCGACGAUCUUUUAUUUCGAAGUCAACCUCAGGUUCAGCGACAGAAUCCCGCCCCAGUCCAAGAACGAGUCCAGCCGCGGCUUCCACCGCAACCACAGCUGCAAAGACAGGUGCCAACUCUUAACGCCUUCAGCGGACAGAUAAGGGCGAUACCGCCGCCUGCCGGACUAGCCUCCGUAUCUACAUCACAGUCCGGCUGGCCCUCGCCCACCGGGGCCAGUGUCAUCCGUAAGAGCGUCAGCGGCAAUCCCUCUAGCUCAUGGCAGAAGGCGAGUUCCGGCAGUCAGCCGCCAACAUCCUGGCAUAAUACCGUUUCUAAUACUGAAAAUUCCUGGCGCAACGCCCCAAAAAAUUACAUUGAGCUGGGCAGCGAUAGUGAAGUUGAAGAAAUUCUUCCUUUGCGCUCUUACAAGCCACAUGGCCCUGGAGCGUCUGGUGAUGGCUCCAAGGCCAUGUAUAUAUCCCCAACUUAUAGGCUUAAUUCUCAUACAAACCCCUAUGUCGCAGGAUCGAGCGAGAAGCUUCCAGGCAUUCACAGUCUUGGACAGAGGUACCAUCCGAAUUUUACUGACCUUGGAUUAGGCGGGAGCUUGCCUGCCCCGAUCAUUCCACAGUACUUGUCGAGCCCCCGGUGCCCUCCAGGAUGUCUUUGUGGGGGAAAAGCACUGCAUUCUGACGCCUCCAUAAGCUCUCAGAUCGAUAAUUUAAGAAACAUGUAUGCCAUGGAUGGGCUAACACCCGAUGAGAUGAAAAAAGAUCUAAAAUGUCUCCUUGAAAACAUCCGUCCGGAUCAAGAACUUGAUCUCAACCGCGAGGGGACUCCUGAAGCUCUUAAAUUCCCGCUCAUGGAGCACCAGAAACUUGGCCUAGCCUGGAUGAAAUCAAUGGAAGAAGGCUCUAACAAGGGCGGUAUACUCGCUGAUGACAUGGGGCUCGGAAAGACGAUCCAGGCAUUGGCCUUAAUGAUCUCACGUCAGAGUACGGACCCCGUCCGUAAGACAAACCUCAUAAUCGCCCCCGUUGCUCUUAUUCAACAGUGGAAGCGGGAAAUAAACCGUAUGCUCAAGCCCGGGGCUGAAUACCAACUCACUGUCUUCAUUCUUCAUGGAGAGCGUCGCUCCAUUACAUUCGCUGAUCUACGCCGCUACGAUGUCGUCUUGACUACCUUUGGCACUUUGGCAUCUGAAUUAAAGCGAAAGGAACGCUGGAUGAAAUUCAAAAAAGAAAAUCCAAAUGCCUAUCAGAAUCUACAUGCACCUGCCGAGGAGAUGCCACUACUAGGCGAGAAUAGCAAAUGGUACAGAAUCAUCAUCGAUGAAGCGCAGUGCAUUAAGAACCGCAACACAAAGGGUGCCCAGGCAUGUUAUGACCUCCAAUCGAUCUACAGAUGGUGCAUGAGCGGCACUCCAAUGAUGAAUAAUGUGCAAGAACUCCAUUCCUUAAUAUGUUUCCUGCGGAUUAAACCGUACAAUGUACUUGAACGGUUUAAUAGCACAUUUACCCGGCCCCUGAAAAAUUACGAAAAAGCGGUCCAGAGUACAGCGAUGAAAAAACUCCAGGCUUUGCUCAAGGCAAUUCUCCUCCGCCGCACCAAAUCAUCGAAGAUAGACGGCAAACCAAUCCUCCAACUUCCUCCCCGCGUAACGGAAAAAGUCCAUAGCAUCUUCAGCGAAGAUGAGAAAAGUUUCUACCAAGCCCUUGAAACUCAGUCGAAACUUCAGUUUAACAGAUAUCUUAGCGCUGGCACCGUUGGGAGAAAUUACUCAAACGUUCUUGUUCUGCUCCUUCGGCUGCGUCAGGCAUGCUGUCAUCCUCAUCUGAUUAAUGAUUUUGCAAUCAAUGUUGGCUCUGGGUCUGAUGACCUUGACCUCAUUGCCAACGCGAAGUUGCUCGAUACCACAGUCGUUGAACGACUCAAGUCACAGGAAGCCUCAGAAUGCCCAGUGUGCAUAGAUGUGGCCGAGAAUGCGGUGAUCUUCUUCCCCUGUGGCCACAGUACCUGUGCAGAAUGCUUUGCGAGAAUUUCUGACCCUGCCAGGGGUCUUGUGCAAGGCAACGAUGGGAUGUUCGAGAUUAAAUGCCCUUCCUGUCGAGCCAAAAUCGACCCUAAGAAGGUUACGGAUAAUGCAUCUUUUCAAAAAGUCCAUGUCUUAGGUGAAGUUGCUGAAGCUGAAGCCGAAGCUGGCAAGUCGGCUGGGAAGGGGGAUGAUACCGAGGACAGCAAUAGCGAUAGCGAUAGCGAAGAUGAUGGCAAAGGCACGCUCAAUGGCUUCAUCGUCCGUGACAAAGAUGGUGAGAAACGGAAAAAGGGGAAAGAGAAAGCCAAACCUAAGAAGUCUCUUGCCGAGCUCAAAAAGGAAGCCCAGCGUAAUGUCAAGGCCAAACGAAAAUACCUUCGCACGCUCGAUAAACGAUGGGAACCUAGUGCCAAAGUUGAUAAGACGAUCGAAAUUCUGGAAUCACUACACAAUUCAGGCGACGAGAAGACCAUCAUAUUUAGCCAGUUCACCUCCCUCCUAGACCUCAUUGAAGUUCCUAUCAAUCGUCGAGGCUGGAACUACCGCCGUUAUGACGGUAGUAUGAAACCAGCAGACCGCAAUGACUCUGUCCUCGAUUUCACCGAUAACCCAGACUGUCGCAUCAUGCUCGUCUCACUCAAAGCAGGUAAUGCAGGACUAAACCUUGUCGCUGCAUCACAAGUCAUUAUCCUCGAUCCCUUCUGGAACCCGUAUAUUGAGGAUCAGGCAAUUGAUCGUGCUCAUCGUAUUGGACAGAUGAGGCCCGUUAUGGUCCACAGACUUUUGGUCGAGAAUACAGUUGAAGACCGAAUUAUAGCCCUUCAGGAUAAGAAGAGAGAGCUUAUCGAGGGUGCUCUAGAUGAGAAAGCUAGUGUGAAAGUCGGGAGACUGGGAGUCCAGGAGCUAGCGUUCUUAUUCAUUAGAAGAAGAGUCAUUAUCAGACCAUAG